GUAUUUGCAAGUCAAAUCCUUCAAAUACUUCCAAUUUGCCAAAAUCAAACGUCGUCAGAAGAGACUCAAGGAAUGAAUUUGUGAAAAUAUACGAGCAAUAAUGACGGACACAGAUGAAACUAUUUGGUAUGAAAAACCAAUCACUCUCGUUGCAUUUGCCGCUGGAUUUCUGUUAUUGAUAAUGGUGACUGCUGGCGUCAGAAUGCUUUGUUUUUUAAGAAAUAAUGAUGAUGAUGAAGGGAUCAAUGAUGGAUAUUCCACAUCAUAUUGGUAUAAUCAUGGAUCAACAAACUUAUCCAAGGCACCUGAUGUGUAUGAGAAUCCAUCAUAUACAUCAGUAGAUGAGUAUAACAGGAAUCAAUUUGCACCGCGACAUUCUCGAGCACAAAUUGUUACCAUAUCUGAUGGGAAUAAUUAUGGUUCACAAAAUGGAUUUCAAACAUUUUAUACCACGCCGUUGAACGAAUCAAAAGCAUAACAGUAAAUUUUGUGUUUUCAUGAAUAUUUAUGUAGAGACAAUGGUCUUAUAAAGCGCUAUACCACAAUAAAAUAAUUCUGGUAUAAAUUUCAGUAAAAACACGACAUGUACUAGAUUAAACAAUGGCACAUUUAUAAAAUACCCUGAAACAAAGACAGUCAGAAAGAAUCAGGACAUGGUUAUGAUUAACAAAAGGUUAUGCUUGGGUCAGGAGUACAGGUAGUUGAGUAAGUGGAUGAAAAGGUAUUCAAUAAUACAUCCUGUUAUUACUGUUACAAUAGCUAGACUAAAUAUUGCAACAAUAAAGUUUUAAUGAA